CAUUCCAAUUUUUUCAGGGAUUGAUGGGGUGGGACUUGGACUUAUUUCACAUCAUCAGAAGCUGGGAAGGAUUUUUGAUAUAUGGUGCUUGCAUAUUCCGGUCGCGGAUCGAACAUCAUUUACAGACAUUGUGAAAAUAGUCGAGAGAACAGUUAAGUCAGAAUAUCAACAGUCACCUAACAGACCCAUAUAUCUUGUUGGAGAAUCUUUAGGAGCAUGCGUUGCGCUGGCUGUUGCAGCUCUUAAUCCUGAUAUUGAUCUUGUACUAAUUUUGGCAAACCCAGCUACUUCAUUCAGCAGGUCAAACUUGCAACUUCUAACACCAUUAUUGGAAGCUUUACCUGAUCCACUCUCCCCUGGCCUGCCUAACAUUCUCAGAACGAUGGCAGGUGAAUCUCUGAGGAGGAUGUUGGAUAAUGUGGUCCAAGGGCUUCCUCUACAAAAUACGACUAAAGAGCUAGUGAAGGAUUUAACUACUUUCUCAUUAUCUUUGCCUGUUCUUGCUGACAUAUUACCAAAAGAAACACUUGAGUGGAAACUACAGAUGCUUAAGUCAGCUUCUGCUUACGCCCAAUCACGCCUUUAUGCUAUCAAGGCUCAGACUUUGAUUCUUUGCAGUGGAAAUGAUCAGUUACUACCUAGUCAUCAGGAAGGGGAAAGAUUACUCAAUUUACUGCCUAAAUCUAAAUGCGAGCUUCGUAAAUUUGAUGACAGUGGCCAUUUCCUAUUCCUGGAAGGUAGCGUUGACCUGGUAACGAUAAUCAAGGGCACUUCAUACUACCGCCGUGGCAAGCAUCAUGACUAUGCAUCAGAUUUUAUACCGCCAACACCUGAUGAAGCCAGAAAAAUAAUAGAAUCGAACAGUUUGUUUAACCUUGUCGCAAGUGCUGUAAUGCUCUCAACCUUGGAGGACGGGACGAUUGUAAAAGGCCUUGCUGGAAUUCCCUUAGAGGGGCCUGUUUUGUUUGUUGGGUACCACAUGCUCCUCGGAUUAGAAAAAAUUCCCCUGGUUUCUCGAAUUUUUUUGGAAAGAAAUAUACUUAUACGUGGGAUAGCUCAUCCCAUGAUGUUUAUGAGAUCUAAUACUGGAAAAAUGCCAGAGAUAUCUUCUUAUGACAACUUCAGAAUUAUGGGUGCUGUCCCUGUAGCACCAGCUAACUUCUUCAAGCUUUUUUCUUCUAAAGCCCAUAUGCUAUUAUAUCCUGGAGGGAUGCGCGAGGCGCUUCAUAGGAAGGGUGAAGAAUACAAGUUAUUCUGGCCUGAACAAUCUGAGUUUGUCAGGAUGGCGGCAAGAUUUGGAGCCAAAAUUGUACCAUUUGGAGCAGUUGGAGAAGAUGACCUUGGCCAAGUAGUAUUUGAUUAUGAUGACUUGGUGAAGAUUCCGUACUUUAGGACUGAAAUAGAAAGUCUCACAAGUGAGGUUACGCAAUUGAGGGGUGAUGUUGGUGGUGAGGUGGCAAAUCAGCAAGUGCAUAUGCCGUUGAUUUUGCCUAAAGUUCCAGGGCGGUUCUACUAUUAUUUUGGAAAACCAUUUGAAACGAAAGGGAGGAAACAAGAACUCAGAGAUAAGGAGAAAGCUCAUGAGUUUUAUUUACAAGUGAAAUCCGAGGUAGAGAGAUGUAUUGCUUAUUUGAAGUUGAAAAGAGAAAGCGAUCCCUAUAGAAGUAUAGGACCUCGGCUGUUAUACCAAGUUACUCAUGGUUUUGAAUCUGAAGUUCCAACAUUUGAAAUUUGAUUGUCCUGCACCCAUAAAAAGCAAUUGGGUUGAACAACAAAAAGCUCAACAGUCUUCAUGGAAGUAUGGACAAAAAGUGAGCAACGAAGAGUAAACAAAACUGGAUGGAGCUCAGGUUCAAGAAGUCUUCAAGCCGAUUUGCAACAGUUUCUUUCCUGAAUCUCCAUGACUUUCUUCCUGCAACCCCAUAAGAUUUAUUUUCCAUUGUCUCUGAAUUGUAGAAUUUGAAAAUCAUUUCUUAUUAGAAAAAUAGUUUUUAAGUAUACAAUUCAAAAGUCAAAAGUAACUUCUGGAUCCAGAAGACCA